GUCUCGCGCUUCGUGGGUCCCGCCUCCUGCCCCUGGCGCUGCUGUUGUGCGUCUGCUGCUGCGGCGAGCGCGCGCGCGGGGCGGCCCCUCGGCAGGUAUAUAAAGGGUCUCUGGGCCAGCGCCCCCAACGGAUUAUGUCCGUGUCCCCCGUGAAGCGGCCGAAGAUGGAGUCGGCGCUGGAGCAGCUCAAGCAGCACACCACGGUGGUCGCGGACACCGGCGACUUCCACGCAAUUGAUCAGUACAAGCCUCUGGAUGCCACUACAAAUCCAUCCUUGAUACUAGCUGCUGCUCAAAUGCCAGCUUACCAGGAAUUAGUAGAGGAUGCUAUUGAGUAUGGAAAAAAACUUGGUGGGUCAGAUGAUGAACAGGUCCAAAAUGCAAGCGACAAACUUUUUGUGGCGUUUGGGGCAGAAAUACUGAAGAGGAUACCAGGUCGUGUGUCCACAGAAGUAGAUGCAAGGUUGUCCUUUGAUAAGGAAGGAAUGAUUAAGAGAGCUAAGCGCCUCAUUGACCUUUAUAAGGAAGCAGGAAUUGGUAAAGAUCGCAUCCUCAUAAAACUGUCAUCGACGUGGGAGGGGAUUCAGGCAGGCAAGGUUCUGGAAGAGGAGUAUGGGAUCCAUUGCAACAUGACCUUACUCUUCUCCUUUGCUCAGGCAGUGGCCUGUGCUGAAGCUGGGGUCACCCUAAUUUCCCCAUUUGUAGGUCGUAUCCUGGAUUGGCAUGUUGCAAACACAGACAAGAAGACUUAUGAGCCCUCAGAGGACCCAGGGGUGAAGAGUGUCACUAAAAUCUAUAAUUACUACAAAAAGUUUGGCUACAAAACUAUUGUGAUGGGUGCUUCAUUCCGAAACACUGGGGAGAUUAAAGCGCUGACAGGCUGUGACUAUCUUACCAUUUCACCUAAGCUUCUGGGAGAGCUCAGUAAAGAGAACACCAAGCUAACUCCCACACUCAGUGCUAAAGAUGCUCAGACAUCUAACCUUGAGAAGAUCCACAUGGAUGAGAAGACAUUCCGCUGGGAACAUAAUGAAGACCAAAUGGCUGUGGAGAAAUUAUCAGAUGGGAUCAGGAAAUUUGCUGCUGAUGCAGUUAAAUUGGAGAGAAUGUUAAAGGAACGAAUGUUCAGUACUAAAAAUGGAAAGUAGACAAAUCAAAGUUCCUGCUGGAUUGUGAUGGCUGAAUGAGUGGGAUUAUUAAAAAUGGAUGUACAAAUACCUGUAAAAUCUUAUGCUAUGUGUGGAGAGUUUUGUUUUCCAUGUGUUUUUUUAUCAACUUGCAAAGGGACAGACUUCACUUUGUAGCAAUUUUAGCAAUGUAUUAAAAUAGUUUGUGUAAAGUUUCA